CACAACAUGGCCAGAACCAAGUAAGGAAAACCAAGCAAUAACAAAUUCAGUCUUUCACCCCAAAGUAUUUGUAAUGACUCCUUGGAAAACAAAAAGUACACUCAUAAAAACCAAUAAAAGAGGAAACACAAAUUCAGACCUGGAACUGUCUCUCUGAGAGAAAUCAGAAAGUAUGUCUCAUCUAAAAUUGUAGAUAUCAAUCAUCCACUCAACUCCUAAUUAGGAAAUUGCCAUUCUAAAGACUAGUGAGAGAAGUGUCAUAAAGAUCUGAGAAAGAUUUCAGAUUUACCCAAUCUGCCCUUUAUGCUUUACAGGAAGCCACAGAAGGCUUCAUUACUCACCUAUUUGAAGAUGCCAACCUCUGUUCCCAUCAUGCGAAGAGAGUCACCUUGCUUACUCGAGACUUGCAAUUGGCCAUCAGAAUCUAAGGAAUAGAAUAUUGAUUUG